GCUUACUGAUCAUCUUCACACACUGAAGCAUCAUGGAGUCCAGAGCCUCUCUCUCCAUUCUAGCCCUGCUGCUUGGCUUCUCGCAAGCUUUCUAUCUUAACCAAUCUCAGGAUGUGGACAUCACAACAAGGAUUCUCACCACCAACAAAGGAUCCAAUGAAGUGUUAUUGGAAGGAGACAUCCUCUUGCCAAGAGGCAGGAACGCUCUUGUCUGCACCACCAACGACUGCUUUUGGAAAAAGUCCCCAAAUGGCUUAGUGGAGGUGCCUUUUACAGUGAGCAGUGAUUUCUCUUCCUCUGACUUGACUAUAAUUACCAGCGCCAUGGCUACCUUCCACAGUAAAACCUGCAUUAAAUUCAUUCCUCGGACAAAUGAAACCGACUAUAUUAGCAUCCAGAACCUAAAUGGAUGCUACUCUAGUGUGGGCAAAACAGGCGGUGCUCAGGUGGUCUCUCUCAGCAGGUUCGGUUGUGUUUACUAUGGCAUCGUCGAGCACGAGCUGAACCAUGCGCUCGGUUUCUAUCAUGAGCAUACUAGGAGUGACCGUGACAGUUAUGUCCAAAUCAACUGGGCAAACAUCCAGUCAUCAAUGAAGUCUAACUUUGACCUGCAGAACACCAACAACCUCAACACGGCGUAUGACUACUCCUCCAUCAUGCACUAUGCAAAAACAGCUUUCUCUGCCAAUGGUCUGGAUACCAUCACUCCUAUUCCUAAUAAAGCAGUGAAUAUUGGACAGAGACAGGAACUGUCCACCAUCGACAUCCUGAGAAUUAACAAGCUCUACAACUGCUAAACUUGUUCAGACCUUUUGAAAUUGAAAUAUCAUCUCUGUAAGAUAACAUAUCUGUUAAUGAUAGAAGAUGCAGUGAUGACUUCACU